GCCUUCCCUGUUCCUGCAGCACCUUUCCCCAGCACGAUGGCCAAGGGCUUCUAUGUUAGCAAAUUGAUUGCCGUUGUUGGCAUCCUGUUUGCUGUUGCUGCUGUGUCUACUAUCAUAGCUCUAUCAGUUGUGUAUUCCCAGGAGAAGGAAAAAAACUAUGAGCUUAACAAUCCCCCUGAAACAACAAGCACAGCCACAACAAAGGUCACAUCAGGAUCUCAAGCUUCAAGCUCAAGUGGCAGCCAUGGCACCAGUCCCAGCAGCAGCAGCCAUGGCACCUCUCCCACCAGUGCUCCAUCUGAUGAACCAUGGAAUAAGUACCGGCUUCCAAAAUCCCUAAUUCCAUAUCAUUAUGAUGUUGAACUGAAACCAGUUCUAGAGAAGAAUCCUCAAGGGCUUUAUGUAUUCUCUGGAAAAAGUACUGCUUAUUUCACAUGUCGUGAAGCCACCAACCUUGUUUUGAUACACAGCAACAAGCUCAACUACACCACUACACCUACCAAAGCCAUUCUUCGUGAUGCUGCUUUAAAUACUCUUGCUAUAUCAAAUAUAAGAGAAGUGCCAGUGACUCAGUAUUUGGUGAUACAUGCUGCUAACGAUCUUGAAGUUGGUAAAAACUAUUCUCUGUACACUGAGUUUGUAGGGGAGCUGGCAGAUGACCUGGCUGGAUUUUAUCGGAGUGAAUACGUGGAAGAUGGACAAACCAAGAUCAUUGCCACCACUCAGAUGCAGGCCCCGGAUGCCAGGAAAGCAUUUCCCUGCUUUGAUGAGCCAGCAAUGAAAGCAACGUUCAACAUCACCCUAAUACACAAGCCAGACUAUGUAGCUCUAUCAAACAUGAAUCCUAUAGCUAAACAUGUAAUAGAAGAUAAUGGAGAAACCUGGAAUGUCACAGUGUUCGACAAAACUGUGAAGAUGUCCACAUACCUUGUGGCUUUUAUAGUCUCCCAGUUCAGUUCUACUGGUGAUCCAGGAAACAGCACAACCACCGGGGUUCAGAUCUGGGGCCGUAAAAAAGCUAUUGAAGAUGAGAAACAAGGAGAAUAUGCAUUAAGUAUAAGCAAACCAAUUCUGGAUUAUUUUGCGAAAUAUUAUGAUACCCCUUACCCUCUGCCAAAAUCAGACCAAGUUGCUCUUCCUGAUUUUAGUGCUGGAGCCAUGGAGAACUGGGGGCUGGUGACCUACAGGGAGAAUGCUUUACUAUUUGACCCUAAAGUGUCAUCUAUUAGCAACAAGGAGAGAGUGGCCACAGUGGUAGCUCAUGAACUUGCUCAUCAGUGGUUUGGGAACCUUGUGACGAUACGAUGGUGGAACGACCUGUGGCUGAAUGAAGGAUUUGCCUCAUACGUGGAGUACUUGGGAGCAGACAUAGCAGAGCCUACGUGGAACAUAAAAGACUUGAUAGUGCUGUAUGAUGUACACCGAGUAAUGGCAAUUGAUGCAUUGGCUUCUUCUCAUCCACUCACAUCAAAAGAAGAGGAAGUGAACACUCCAGCUGAAAUAAGUGAACUAUUUGAUUCCAUCGCUUACAGUAAGGGGGCUUCUGUCAUCCGGAUGUUAUCAAACUUCAUCACAGAAGAUGUAUUCAGUAAAGGACUGGCUACCUAUCUGAAAGCUUUCGAAUACGAUAACACAGUGUACACUGACCUGUGGUUCCAUUUGCAACAAGCUGUCAACUCAAAUGGACUUAUACUUCCUAAUAAUAUUAGCGCAAUCAUGGAUACAUGGGUCCUACAGAUGGGAUUCCCUGUAGUGAAAAUUGACACAACAACCGGAACUGUAACUCAACAACACUUCCUUUUGGAUCCAGAAUCUGUGGUUACCCGGCCAUCUGAUUUCAAUUACACAUGGAUUGUGCCGAUUUCCUAUUUUAAAACCGGUAACGCUGGAAGUGCAUGGCUUCAGAAAAAAUCAGAAUUAUUGAAUGAAUUUAAGACCACUGGAAGUGAAUGGCUUCUAGCAAAUAUCAAUGUCACGGGAUACUACAGAGUUAAUUACGAUGAUGGAAACUGGGACAGGCUUAUUGCGGAGCUGCAGAACAGUCCUUUGAGUAUUCCUGUUAUCAACCGUGCCCAGAUCAUUGAUGAUGCCUUUAAUUUGGCAAGAGCCAAGUAUAUCAAUACAACAAGAGCUUUAGACACCACGAGAUACAUCUCCAAUGACACUGAAUACAUGCCCUGGCAGGCCAUGUUAAGCAGCCUCAAUUACUUUACACAGAUGUUUGAUCGCUCAGAGGUGUACGGGCCAAUGAAGGAAUACUUAAAGAAGCAAGUCACUCCUUUGUUUAAACACUUUGAAAAAGUCACGGAAAAUUUUACCAAACGUCCAGAAUCCUUAACAGAUCAAUACAAUGAAAUCAAUGCUAUCAGCGUCGCUUGUUCUUAUGGAGUUGCUGAGUGUGGACAGCUGGCAAGUAAACAAUUUAAUGAGUGGCAGAGGACAGGAAAUAAUACCAUUCAUCCAAAUCUAAGGUCCAACAUUUACUGCACUGCAGUAGCGCAGGGAGGAGAAGCUGAAUGGGAUUUUGUAUGGGAAAAAUUUGCUGCAUCAGAUAAUGCGCAGGAAUCGGACAAACUCAGGUCUGCUCUGGCCUGCAGCAAAGAGCCCUGGAUUCUUAACAGACUUUUGGAGUUUUCACUGGAUACCACUAAGAUUCGUCGGCAAGAUACUGUCUCCACUAUUAGCAGCGUUUCCAGUAACGUGAUAGGACAGAGUCUUGCUUGGGACUUUGUGAGAGCCAAAUGGAGGACCAUCUUCACUCAAUUUGGGGGAUCUUCUUUCUCUUUUGGUAACUUAAUCGAACGUGUGACACGGAGAUUCUCCACUGAAUUUGAAUUACAGCAGCUGGAGCAGUUCAAACUUGACAACCAGGACAUUGGUUUUGGGACAGCAACUCGGACACUGGAGCAAGCGAUAGAGAAAACCAAAGCAAAUAUCAAAUGGGUGAAUGAGAACAAAGAGCCAGUACUUAAAUGGUUCCAGGAUGCCAUUUGAAAUCCACCACCUAAGACUUGUGAGGAACAAGUUUACAAACCAGCUGUGCCUAUCUGAACUCUUACUCUAAAAUGAGUGAUCCAGGAACCGCAUCCUUUCCUGAACAUUAAAGAAUAUCAAGACUUAGUAGCAUCCAUGUUUUAGUGGGUUUCUAUGAAUUACCUUUUUUAAGUGAUAGAGAAAUCCAUGUUUGCCAAAAUAUUAUUUUGUUUAAGGUCCUUCUAGAAAAAAGGGGCCUAAUUCAAAAUGAACAAGCAGAAACAUUGUGCUCAGGUUUGCAAUUUAUGAUUAACAUGUAAGACAAGCAAACAUCUUAUAUCUUUAUUUAUACUUUUACAAUCUCUGUGUAAAUGAGAAAUUAUAGACUUUUUCAUAGACUGCUAAAUUAAGACUGAGAAUGCAUUUUUUUGCUUUCUAGAAUUUUAAAUAAAAUAAUUAAAAUAAAAAA